GUUACUAAUCCAACAUGGCGCCGGGAACUGUAAAAAGUCUAUUUGUGUCAUUUGAAUUUGACGAGUUGUCACUUGAAAAUAUUGUUGAAUCUUGUCAAACGUACUUUGCAAGACAAAUUGAAAAGGUAUGGUAUGCGAUAUUUUCGUUGGUGAGCGCGGCCUAUCUUGCAAAAAGAUAAGCCAAAUACCGGACCUGAAAGUCUUCUACGUGAGGUUUAUAAUGCCUGAAGGUGAAGAGGACGAUGAUCGCCAAUCUAACCAGGUAUGUUGCUUUAUUAAUCCGUCUUCCAUUAUUGAAAUGAUAAAGUUUUACGAAUAUUUUAAGAUGAUUACUGAAUGUAUUCCUGCACGCAGAUCACGAUAAUGUUUGGAUUUCACGAAGGUGUGAAAACAUGACGGUGCCCACGGUCUCUUUAGUAGCGUCUUGUCGUUUACGUAAACAGCUAGAAAAUCAAAUCAAUGAUAUUGACAGAGUUCGCUUGGCUUUUAUAAUCCAUGGAUUUUUGGGUUGAAAAAGAUAUCACAGAAAUUGUGUUAAUAUAAAAUUGGCAAACUAUUAACAUUAUUUUCUUUUUUCCUUUACGAUAUGAUAGCCACCAAAGAAAACAAGGAAAGUGGUCAUGUCUCUUCCAAGCCCCAAGAAGCCUGAAUCCAAACCAAACCAAUCAAGUAAAUUUUACCCUAAAAGUUGA